CGGGCGGGGACGGACUGCGGCCCGCCGGCACCCAGAGCACUCUGGGCUCUGUGCGCUGCCCGCUGCCCCGAGCGCGCGUCCGACCGAGCGGAGCGCAGCAGGGACUUACCUCAGUAUGCGCAUCAGAACCCGGCACUGAGGAGCCGCGGCGAUGUGGCUGCGCGAGUCCCCGGGCCCCUUCUGGGGACUGCUGCUGGCGCUGGUGCUGACGCUGGGCGGACUGCCAAGAGUCAGGGGCUUCGAGGAGGAGCCAAGCAGCGCGAGCCAGGGAUUCCAGGUAGUCACCUUCAAAUGGCACCACGUCCAGGACCCCUACAUCAUCGCAAUCUGGAUUCUCGUGGCCAGCUUAGCCAAAAUUGUGUUCCACCUGUCGCACAAGGUCACCAGUGUCGUCCCUGAGAGUGCUCUGCUCAUUGUGCUGGGCCUGGUGCUGGGCGGCAUCGUCUGGGCAGCGGACCACAUUGCCUCCUUCACGCUCACACCCACGGUCUUCUUCUUCUACCUGCUGCCCCCCAUCGUGCUGGACGCUGGCUACUUCAUGCCCAACCGGCUCUUCUUUGGCAACCUGGGCACCAUCCUGCUGUACGCCGUCAUCGGCACUGUGUGGAACGCAGCCACCACCGGCCUGUCGCUCUAUGGGGUCUUCCUCAGUGGCCUGAUGGGCGAGCUGCAGAUUGGGCUCCUGGACUUCCUGCUGUUUGGCAGCCUGAUCGCAGCUGUGGACCCGGUGGCCGUCCUGGCCGUGUUUGAGGAAGUGCACGUCAACGAGGUCCUGUUCAUCAUCGUGUUCGGGGAGUCUCUGCUGAAUGACGCCGUCACUGUGGUCCUGUACAAUGUCUUCGAGUCUUUUGUGACCUUGGGUGGUGACAACGUGACCGGUGUGGACUGUGUAAAAGGCAUAGUGUCCUUCUUCGUGGUGAGCCUGGGGGGCACGCUGGUGGGUGUCGUCUUCGCCUUCCUGCUGUCCCUGGUGACACGCUUCACUAAGCAUGUGCGCAUCAUCGAGCCCGGCUUUGUCUUCGUCAUCUCCUACCUGUCCUACCUGACCUCCGAGAUGCUGUCCCUGUCGGCCAUCCUGGCCAUCACCUUCUGUGGCAUCUGCUGCCAGAAGUACGUGAAGGCCAACAUCUCAGAGCAGUCGGCCACGACCGUGCGCUACACCAUGAAGAUGCUGGCCAGCGGGGCCGAGACCAUCAUCUUCAUGUUCCUUGGCAUCUCGGCGGUGGACCCCCUCAUCUGGACCUGGAACACAGCCUUCGUGCUGCUCACGCUGGUCUUCAUCUCCGUGUACCGGGCCCUUGGCAUUGUCCUGCAGACCUGGAUCCUGAACCGGUACCGCAUGGUGCAGUUGGAACCCAUCGACCAGGUGGUCAUGUCCUACGGCGGCCUGCGCGGGGCCGUGGCCUACGCCCUGGUGGUGCUGCUGGAUGAGAACAAGGUCAAGGAGAAGAACCUCUUUGUCAGCACUACCAUCAUCGUGGUCUUCUUCACGGUCAUCUUCCAGGGCCUGACCAUCAAGCCCCUGGUGCAGUGGCUAAAGGUGAAGAGGAGUGAGCAACGGGAGCCCAAGCUCAACGAGAAGCUGCACGGUCGGGCAUUUGACCAUAUCCUCUCUGCCAUCGAGGACAUCUCAGGACAAAUUGGACACAAUUAUCUCAGAGAUAAGUGGUCCAGUUUUGAUAGGAAGUUCCUCAGCAAGGUCCUGAUGAGAAGGUCAGCCCAAAAGUCUCGAGAUCGGAUUCUGAAUGUCUUCCAUGAGCUGAACUUGAAAGACGCCAUUAGCUAUGUGGCUGAGGGAGAGCGGCGCGGGUCACUGGCCUUCAUCCGCUCCCCAAGCACCGACAACAUGGUGAACGUAGACUUCAGCACACCGCGCCCAUCCACCGUGGAGGCCUCUGUGUCCUACCUCCUGAGGGAGAAUGUCAGCGCCGUGCGCCUGGACAUGCAGUCCCUGGAGCAGAGACGGAGGAGCAUCCGAGACACGGAGGACAUGGUCACCCACCACACGCUGCAGCAGUACCUGUACAAGCCCCGGCAGGAGUACAAGCAUCUCUACAGUCGGCACAAGCUAACUCCAAACGAGAGCGAGAAACAGGACAAGGAGAUCUUCCACAGAACGAUGCGAAAACGCCUGGAGUCCUUCAAGUCGGCUAAGCUGGGGAUCAACCAAAACAAGAAGGCUGCCAAGCUGUACAAGAGGGAGCGCGCGCAGAAGCGGAGGAACAGCAGCAUCCCCAAUGGGAAGCUGCCCAUGGAGAGCCCAGUGCACAGCUUCACCAUCAAGGAGAAAGAUUUGGAGCUUUCAGACCCUGAGGAGGCCCCUGACUAUGAAGCAGAGGAGACCAGUGGGGGCAUCGAAUUCCUGGCCAGUGUCACAAAGGAUACUGCCUCUGACUCCCAAGCAGGUGACACUGGCUCCGACACGCCGCUGAUAGGACACUCGUCUCCGCGCCGGGGGUCGCCCGCCACUGCCCAGCAGCCCCAGUUGCCGGCGCGGCUCCCGCGGCCGCGCGCUGCAAGCCCCGCGCCGCCCGAGAACACUGAGUCGGUGGCCGCAGCGCUAUCCGCCCGCGAGCCAGGGGCGGGUCCCACGCAGGGGGCGGGGCCGGAGCGCAGGGCGUUGCCCAGCGCGCACGCGCGGUCAGCGGCAGCGCGCCGUGUGCACAGCCGGCGCUCGUUCCAGCGGCCCCGCACACGCCGCCGCCCUGCGUUGCUCAAGCUCGCGUCGCUGCAGCCUCCUGGCCCCGCCGAGUUGCCGCCGCACGCGCUUGAGCAGGAGGAGACGCCGCUGUAACCAAGACCGCCGCCCCGGCCUCCCCGAGGGUGGCCUGGCCCCCAGGGUCUCCCCUCCCUGCCAGCCUGGCGCCUCGAGGCGCCUACACCCACCUCGCCCAGGUGCAGGGCUGGCCUCCAGUCGGGAGGUCUGGCAGGUGCUCCAUUUGGGGCUGCUGCCCGCUUGCCGCUUCCAGCUGAGCGGCACUUCUAUGUUGAUCUUUCGUUGUCACCGUGACUCAGGGACAGGAAAGCCUCAGAGGCCUGUGACCAUCUUCAUCACGCCAGGCCACUAGGUCACGAACAAAAGAUCUGCCCAAGUGAUAGGCCCUGACCAGUUCCCCCCGCCUCCGCCCCCAGCUGGUUCUCACCACCCUCAGUGGUCUCCCAGUCCCAGGGUGGGGGCCCAAGCCCCUCUGACCCCUUCAUAUCCAUUUGCCAGGUCUCCAAACUUCCCGGUGGCCACAGGGCCUGUGGAUGCCAUCACAGGAAUAUCUUUGUUUGCUUUUGCGUUUGGGCUCCUCCAGUCCAGCCUUUGUCCUGCCCUCCCCCCCUGAAGCUCCCUUAGGACUGUCCUGUCUCAGCAGAAAGACCUCUGACUGGAGCUGUUCCUUCUUUUGCUGGGGUGGCUGCAGAUGGCCUGGCUGGGCUGGGGCAUAGAGGGGGCCUCAGAGGCACCCUUUGUUCAGAAUCAGAGCUAGUUGUGCCCCACUUGACACAGUGGCAGAAGAGCACUCAGGGCCAUGGGUGGCUCCAAGGAGGGCUUGGUUGGACAUCCUGUGCCUGUCCUGAACUCCUUCCAUCUCUCCAGGGCUCAGGACAGAGCCCUGUUCCUGGUGUGGUGCGAGGAAUGCUGCUUCCAUUCCACAGAACCUGAGCGGGGUCCGUGUUUCCUUCUGCCCCACCCCCCUUCAGGCUGCCGUGCAGGUCUCACUUGAGGAAGACCAGAGGGACUAAAGUGCACUCAGCCACAACCCACCCCUGAAGCUUUCCUGAAACCACUCGGCUUUCUGCUCAGGAAAACUAAAAGCCCAUGUCUCAGGAUAGAAGUGGACAUUCACGAGUCCAGGAGGUCAGCAGCAGUGUGCACUGUCACUGCACAUCAGGUCUUAGGCAGGAAAACACACCAUUUCUUAUUGACAGCUUUACUGUUUGGAGAAACAGAUGAAGACAAUGCCAGUUUGUUCAAGCCUCCAUGGCUUCUCCUCGAGCAGCUUUCUGUGAUGGAAACAUCAGCUCAUCACUUCAUCCCUAGCCCAUUCUCAUUGGUCGGGGCAAGUGUCUGGCUUGCAGCCAUCUUUAUCCACUGUGAGGCCAAGUUCUGCCAGGGCAUAGCAUAGCUGGCCCAGCAGUGAUCCCAUCAGACAGCACUGUUGGUGCUUGUUGGGGGCAAACGGGGCCACCCAAGGGUUCUCUGAGAAAAGCCCAUCAGCACCCACUAUACCCCUGCAGCCAAGCCCCCUGCGCCUGCCCUCUGAUGAAGCUGCCUUAACACCCCUGGACUGCUGGGCAUGGGGACUGAUCGCCAUGGCAGAGUCAGAAGCCAAGCCAGACCAGCAGCUCAGAUGGCACCCCGCGGCCGUGCACUGGACCAAUACCAAAGCCAGCAGCCAGGGUGUGAGCCUGCCCGACACCUCCUUGACACUCCAUCUACCAAGGUCCACCAUGUUGCUCAGCUUGUGUGAUCAGCACAGCGGGACACAAUCAUGAUGGAGCCAGACUCCAGGCAAGAAGGGGUUGCUACCAGAAGCUCACCAUGUGUGCUCAGAUGCCCCCAUGCUGUGACCGGCACUGUGGCUGCAAAUCAUAGAUAGGAAUCCUGCCAUUCCUCUCCACUGUUUUAAAGCCGAAGGCAAAGUCCCGUGGAUGUAUUUCCUUAGGAAAACUGUUGUUAUAACAUUAUUUAUUUAAUAAAGAACUUCUAUUUUGUGGUACUAUAAAGUACAAAAAUUUAGGAAAUUUCUUUUUCUUACCUGCAUUUUAUUGAAAAUUUUGUUAUGGUGUUCAAUAUUCUGUAUAUUACUGAUCUUGUUAAGAGAAUUUUGUCAAAAUUGGAAGUGUAUUUUCUGAGUGGUGAAAACUGUAUGUCAAUGUUGUGAAUGUAAUCAAACUUUUGUGUACCUCUGAUCACAGGAUGAUGUGCCUUAAAACACCCCUCCUACUGUGCCAAGCAGGGAGCCUGUCACGAACACCAUGCAAUAACCAACUGCUUGACCAAUUCUAUUAAAAACAUUUCAAGGCA